AUGCUGCGCCGCGCCGCCCGCGCCGCGGCCCGCGGCGGCCGCGGCGAAGGCGGCGCCGCCGGGCGACGCGGGGCUUGCGGCGGCGAGGGGGCUGCCGGGGCUGGCGGCGGCGUCCUUCAGCAGUCCCCAGGCGAGCAGCAGCGCCGCGUGGGGGCCGCUCUGGGCGGAAGUGCCUGCGGUCGCGGCCGCGGCGGCGGCCGGGUUGGACAGGGCGGCGGCGGCGUGGAGGAGCAGGGGGUUUCAAGUUGUUGA